CUCUCUCAAGCCCAUCUCGAACGUAUCAAAGUUUGCUUCGUCCAAUGUCGUGUAGUGUCUGUUCAGAAAACGUACAGCAAAGAUCUUUCUGUUGGACCUACAAAACUAACCAUGGUGCUUGCCAGAAAAUAUGUGCUUACCAAACAUUUCGAGGGUGAACCGAAACGCUCCGAUCUGACGAUCGUUGAUGAAGAAUUACCACCUCUACAACAUGGAGAAUUCCUGGUCGAGGCUCAAUACCUUUCAGUGGAUCCCUACAUGAGGCCCUACGUGGCGCAAUUUCCGACAGGGAUUACAAUGAUCGGCGGACAAGUGGCAAAAAUAAUAGAAUCGAAAAAUUCUGAAUAUCCGGUUGGAAAAAGUAUCGUGGGGUACUUCGGCUGGAGAACACAUACAAUUGUAAAUGUUGAACAAGAAGAUGGGAGCCCUCUUCAACAAAAGCCCUAUAUAAUACCAGAGUUUGGUGAUUUGCCUGCUUCACUUGCUUUGGGAGUACUGGGAAUGCCAGGAAAUACUGCAUAUUUUGGAUUUUUGGAAAUAUGCAAACCGAAACCGGGUGAAACUUUGGUGGUAAGCGGUGCUGCUGGCGCUGUUGGUUCUCAUGUAGGACAAAUCGCUAAAACUUUGGGUCUCAAGGUCAUUGGAAUAGCUGGAUCCGAUGAGAAAUGCGAAUGGUUAAAAAAAGAAUUGGGUUUUGAUGUUGCCAUUAAUUACAAAACUCAAAAUAUUGUCAAAGAACUGAAGACAGCUGCCCCAGACGGUGUCGAUUGUUACUUUGAUAAUGUAAGUGUACAUUUUGGCAUAACAUUAAUUUUAGGUGUGCACAUAACAGUUUUGAAUCGUUAGCCGUUAAAAGAAAUUCGGGUUCUCAAAUGUUACAACUCAAAUCUUACAACUAAAAGUCACGAAUAAAAAAUAAUCAUAAAUUCUA